AAAAUGUGUGGGUGACAAUCAGAUUAAAUGUUAAUUUAAUUACCAUAAUUUAAUAUUUAAUACAUAAAUCUAAAGUGCCACUUUACUCUUUUGGCUUGAGUAAAGUAACAUUUUUUAGACGUUUUAAAUACCAAGUUUUCAAAAUUCAAUAUAAUUAUAACUCCAUCUCUUAAGAGAAGUUAAAAACAAGCGCUGGCAGCCUUAACCUGUUCUGUGCCAUGUAGCACCAACAAACUUUUCAAAAUCUACACGUCAUUAUGAAAUUUUCAAAUUAAAAAGUGUUCAUUAAUAAUUAUAGUGUAUUAUAUAAAUAUUAGUUCUAAUCUAUUGUUAUUAAAAUGGUUCUCUUAGGCAAUGAUGAAUUUUUAUCAAAACUUACAAAAAUGUUUCAAAAUGCCAGAAGUUCUUCAUCGGUUACCUUAACUAUGAAACGAUAUGAUGGAAGAACUACACCUUACCCUAGAGAAGGCAGGCCCCCUUUGCCCAAACCAGAUGAGCAUUUAUGUCUGUUAAGAGCCGUACACAAAUCAAAAAAGAUUUCGACUGUAAUUAAAUCGAAAGACGCAGUGAGGUUUCACAUAGCAUAUUGCAGUUUAUUAAAAGGUAAUAUGGAUGGUUUGAAAAAGAUGAAAAAAGUCAAACCAAAAGUGAAAGCGACAUAGACCUAUUUAUUUAAUGGUGGUGUUUGUAAAGUGAGCAAGAAGAUUUUCUUUCUUAAAUUUUAUAAUGUGAUGCGAGAUGAAUGUCUGUGUCAGAAGCCUUAUUCAUUUUUCGAUUCAUGUCAACUUAAUUCGCUUAAGUUAUUAAACCCUUUAUAUAAAUA